GCUGGUGCGCUCUUUGGAUGUGGAUACCCACAAAGGUUUCGUUCCUUCGUCAUAAAAUUAGUAUUUUGUUAACUACACUCAACCCAUUAUCCACAAAUUAUAGGUACUAGAAAAAACCCGCUCGCUACCGCUUCACGUGUGUGCAAGAAAAAAUAUUGUAAAGAGUAAUAAAUUUAAUGUUGAUCCAAAAGUGAAAGUGAUCUUACUCAUUCUUAAUUUUUCUUUCCACGAGUUUGUUGGUUACAACUUGUGGUCAGCAAAGUGAUGAACCUACAUAAGGGUCAUCGAGCAUAUGAUUUAUGUUUAAACUUCUCUCAUUACGCUAUUGUUUCAGUUUGUACGGUUAGUAAGCCCUCCUACGCUAUUGUUUCAGUUUGUACGGUUAGCUAGCCCUCCUGUAACUUUUGUAGAAGCAACUUUAGGGUGGAUCUUUUAGAGAAAUAUUUUUUAAGAAAAAGUUGAGUGUUUGGCUAAAAACUAUUAGAAGUAUUUUCUAAUAUAAGAUGUCAUGUUAAAAUACAAAAAAAAAAAUCUUAUAUAAAAUAUGAAAAUUUAAAAGUAGUAAAAAUGGAUUUUGUUACAUUUCAUUCAUAUAAAUAAUAUUAUUUUUUAAUUUAUUUUAUUUUUAAAAUGAUAUGAAUGGAAAAAAUUAUGUUUUUCAGAAAAAUAUUAAAAUAUGGUAUGGACAAUUUUGUAUUUUCAAAACAACUUUUCACAUAAGUUUUAAAUCAGAGCUUUAACUUUCGGAACAUAAAAGCACUUAUAAAAUUCGACAAAACAUAGUCAUACUCUUUUGUCUAUUUUUUAUUGUUUAAGUUUAUCAUGGUUCUCCUUUUAUUUAUGAAUAUUCGAGACUGAUUGCAUGUUUGAGGAGGUUCAACUUGCAUUGACCGGGUCCAAUUAUGUUGGAUACUCAUGGGUUUGGGUUGAAUGGUCACUCUCAACCAAAAGAAAAAAAGAGAAAUGAAGUUUUUUCUAUUCAUUUUUUGGGAUGAUGAAGAAAAUUGAAUAGUUAUAUGAGUGAAAGAAAACUGCUUUGAAAUUUGUAGUAAAAAAAACUUGAAACACUAAAGUGAAGAAAACUCACCCCCGACUUAAAACUCAUCAACACCAUACCCGACCCUAUAGUUACAAAAGCAGAUAAAACUUGUUAAUGUGGGUUCAAGUCGCUUUGACUGGGUCGAACCCAGUUUUAACAAAUUCACAAUCCCACAACCUGUCAAUUACAAAAGUGGAUAAAACUCUCUCUUGAUACAAAACUCGCGAAUACUGAGUUUGGGUUAAAUUGUCAUUCUCAUCCAACAGAAAAAUGAGAAAUAAAAAAAUAUUCAAGUGGACAAAACUUACUCUGGAUCUAAAACUCAUGAACACUGUAUUCAACUCGAUUUGAUCGAGUUUUUAACAAAUUCACACUCAUGCCAACUACAAAAGCGGAUAAACUCGGUCACGAAAUAAAACUGGUCAAUACCAUAGAUUCGAAUUCAAUUGUCUUCCCAACAAAAGAAAAAAGGAAAUUUUAAAAUACUAAAGUCAUUUUUAAGUCGCUUUGACCUGGUCGAAUUAGGUUGGAAAAAGAGAAAUAAAAAAAACUAAUGUGGGUUAAACUCGAUCCCGAUACAAACCGCAUCAACAUAGAGAAGAUCUGGUAUGGAUCUUAGAUAGUGGCAUUGAGAAACGAUGGAGGGAACAACUUAAGAUUCCACCGACAGUGUUUUAAGAAGAGUUUUGAAUUGGUGAGCGAAAUCAAGGAUUGGACAGAGCGUAGGAACAACUUUGGUAUGGAUAUUCGGUCGCGGCUGUGGCAAACGGUGGAAGGGAACAACUUAGGAUUUCGACGACAAUAUCUUGAAAUGGGCUGCAAAAUGUUGGGCAAAAAAGCGUUGAUUUUGGCCAGGAAAAAUAUAGACGAAAACCUAAUGGAUAAUAGUUGAAAACAGAGAAACUAUCGAACAAUUGCUUAAAACUUAGUAGACAAUAACUGUUAUGAGAGACACAAUGGACAAUAAAUACAAACCCAACAAACAACAGCUAAACACAAAAGUCAUAGAAUGGAAGAGUAGGGUAAAAAGAAAAUUUUGAAACUUCCCCACUUACAAGGAAAAGUGUGAGGUCCUUUCGCAAACCAAACUUCCACCCCCUAUACAACAUGGUCCAUGAAAACCGUACCGUAUCGGGGGUUCAACCACGAAAUACUAGUAUCGGAGGCUAAAUCGACACGAUUUUAUUAUAAAAUACUCUACCACUGACUUUCCCGAUAUGAUUUCAUGGACCAUGCUAAACAAUAGUAUUAGGAGGAUUAGGGUGAGUAUAGAAAGUCAAUCCAUGUCAUUAACACGGGACGCAGGUGGUUGCGGCAUUUUUUCUGGUCAAUUUGGAUUUGGCAUCCUCAACGGAAGAUGGGUUUGAGUGCAGUUAGUUUGUCCAUACAGAAAGGGGAUAUAUGGGUUGGACUUAAACGAGUCUAUGUUGUUUCGCACUGCCAAACUGGAAACUAGUUAGCUGAGCAGCGGGCCGCCCAGCUCGCCAGUAAAGCAAACCUCCUCUUCCUCCUCCCUCCUACAACUACAAAUAUUAAAUAUCGGGGCGGGCAAACGGGUCCACCUUCCUUUCUUUCCCCCACCUCCUAACCGUAUUUAGUGAUGGCAAAUUGGCAAUGAGGCGGGCGGGGCGGAUACCUCAAUUUCCAUGUCCCGCCCCACGCUAUUACGGGUUGGGGUAGGUAAAACCGGUACGAGUAUGGGGUGGGGUGGGUCGACCCACUCUUACAUGUCGUUAAAAAAGAAAUACAAAUAAAUUUUACUUUUUACAAGAAAACAUAGUGAAAAACACUUUAAGAAUGAAAAAUAUUAAUAAUAGAAUGGAUAAUUGAGUCUAACAAGUUGAAAGAUCGACUCUAACUAGUCGAAGAAAAGUCAAAAUAGGAGAAAUAUGUAUAGAUAUUGUAAGAAAUUGAGAUAAAAAGAGUCCAGAACGGGGCGGAUCAAAAGUAGAUAUUCAUGCCCCGCCCCACGCUACUGCUGGUCGGGUAAUACCCGCCCAUCGCGGAUCAGGUCGGAUAAUACCCGCAAGACGGAUUGAAAUUGCCAUCACUAACCGUAUUCUCCCCCGAAUUAAAUGCCUUCCCCUUUUCCCGUUCCCCUCCACUGCACAUAAAUCCAGCACCCUCGCACCUCUCUCCGUUUCCUCACACCAUCGCCGUUCCACAGUUACGUACCAGCCAACCUCUCUCUCUCUCUAACUUCAUCCAGCUCCAAAUCUCAACAGCCAGAAACAUUCGCCCAAAUUUUGGACCUGCUAUAAAGGAAAUCAGCUUUCCGAUUGCUGCUGCAUCUUCAUCCUCCCAAUUCCACCCCAAUUCCACCACCACAAACCUGCUCCUUUCCUUUCGACGGGAUUUCGGAUUCUCAAAUCAAUUUUCUCCCUGCUGAAUCACUAUGGCCCCGGCGGCGGCUGCGGAUAAUUACAGCCAUUGCUACGGAGGUGGAAGCGAUGACGACGAUCAGGCUCAGACGGUUUGCGUGAUGGACGCCUCCGGCCGAUUAGGCUCCGCUCUCGUCCACACGCUGUUGCUCAGAGGCUACGCCGUCCACGCCGCCGUCCAGAAGCUAGGGAAGUCGCAGCAAAGUUUGGAAGGGUCAUGGGGUAACCACAAGAAACUGAGGGUGUUCCAAACGGACUUGUUCGACUACCAGACCAUAAUGGAAGCUCUGAAGGGAUGCACCGCCUUGUUCUAUUCCUUCGAGCCACCAUCUGAUCACCCCAAUUACGAUGAAUUAAUGGCGGAUGUGGAGGUGAUGGCGGCACACAACGCGCUGGAAGCCUGCGCCCAAACUCCCACAGUGCACAAAGUGGUGUUUACUUCCUCAGCAACAGCUGUUCUCUGGAAAGAGGAUCGCUCCUCUUCCUCUCUCCUCAUCAAUGAGUCCAGCUGGUCCAACAUUAACCUCUGCCGCAAGUUUAAGCUAUGGCACGCACUGUCCAAAACGCUGGCGGAGAAGACAGCCUGGGCGCUGGCGAUGGACCGGGACAUCAACAUGGUCACCGUCAACGGCGGCCUCCUCCUGUCCUCCGACCUCACCAUCGCCAACCCUUACCUCAAGGGAGCCGCCGAGAUGUACGACGACGGGGUCCUCGUCACCGUCGACCUCAAGCACGUCGUCGACGCCCACGUCUGCGUCUUCGAGGACGUCUCGUCGUUCGGCCGGUACCUCUGCUUCAACCACGUCGUCAACUCUCACGACGAGGUCUCCAAGCUCGCCCGCGUCUUGUUGUCCCCUUCCGGCCAGUUCUCUCUCCCUCCUCCCGGCAUGGUGGAGAAGGGCGUCCAGCAGCGGAUUAGCAACAAGAAGUUGCACGAGCAUAUGGUGGGCUUCGGAUUGAUUGAAGAUAAGCCCACGAAGAGCCCAUAACGGACCCAACGUCUCCUACCGUGCACCUUCACAGCACAGUUCGAAUCUGAACAGGGAUGUAUGAAAGGCGAUCCAUACAAAUGUACAAGUUGUUAUAUCAGUUUAUAUCUCAAUAAUAAUAUUCAAAUUUUGCAACCAACAAACAAGCGCAAACGAGCGACCUUAUGUACAACGAUAUUCGAUAGAACUGGAUAGUCGAACAAAAGUGUAAAAUUAUA